UUUUGGUCCCCCGCGGGUUGGUCGAAGCUGGUCCGGCCGGUUGCCCCGCAAACGCAACGAGCUCGAGUACAGGCAGCGCCCCGCGGCCGCGAAGCCGCGAAGGCUAUAUAAGCGGACUACGGCUUCGGCCGCUUCUUUCUUGACAGUCCGGUCGUCAAGCAGAGAGGUAGAGGUAUACACUCGCGGUGUAGCAGCUCAAAGCCCGGCAACGCCCACACGCGGACUCCCCAAGACGCUCCUCAUCCCACUCGGCGCCGGCGCACCGUCCAUUCCCUCUCCGGACCCGCUCGCGCUCACUCGCACCCGCGGCCGCAGCAAUCCGCUCCGCUCCCGCCACUCCCCGCCGCCGCGCCGCUCCAAGAAGUCAGAACUGGCUGCUCUCCUCGGGUCCAAAGGGUUCUGCUUGAGCUUCUUCCGCGGCUUCAAGAUGGCAGCGAACAGGAACCCUGAAAUCAAGUACACCAAGCUUUUCAUCAACAACGAAUUUGUGGAUGCUGCAAAUGGAAAGACUUUUGCCACCAUAAACCCAGCCACUGAAAAGAAAAUUGCCGACAUAUCUGAAGCAGGCAAGGAAGAUGUGGAUAAAGCUGUUUUGGCUGCUCGGGCAGCAUUCAACCGCAAGUCUGAAUGGAGGACCAUGGAUGCUUCAAAGAGAGGAGAAUUGAUGUCAAAGCUUGCUGCUCUGAUGGAAUCCAACAAAACCUAUUUGGCUAAUUUGGAAUCCCUUGAUAAUGGAAAACCAUUCAAUGAUGCUGUGUUUGACAUGGAUUGUUCAAUUAAAACCAUUCAGUAUUAUGCUGGUUGGUGUGACAAAGUCCACGGUAACACUGUCCCGGCCGAUGGCAAUGUCCUGUGUAUCACACGCAAAGAGCCUGUUGGUGUAGUCGGUGCUAUUAUUCCAUGGAACUACCCUGUGCUGAUGGCUACAUGGAAAAUGGGCCCGGCUUUGGCCACAGGAUGCACUAUGAUCCUCAAACCCGCAGAACAAACUCCCCUUACUGCCCUUGUCCUUGCUCAACUUGUAAAAGAGGCUGGGUUUCCUCCUGGUGUUUUUAAUGUUGUCAAUGGCUUUGGCACAACAGGUGCCUUCAUUUGCUCUCACAAUGAUGUAAAUAAGGUUGCAUUCACUGGCUCAACAGAGGUCGGCAGGCUCAUCAUGGAGGCAGCAGCAAGAUCAAAUCUGAAACGUGUUUCCCUGGAACUUGGUGGAAAGAGUCCUUUAGUUGUUUUUGAGGAUGCUGAUGUUGAUGAAGCUGUAACCAUUGCCCACAAUGGGAUCUUUGCUAAUCAUGGCCAAAAUUGUUGUGCUGCAUCUCGUACUUUUGUUCAUGAAAAAGUAUAUGAUGAGUUUGUGAAGAAAGCUGCAGCAAAGGCAUCAGCUCGUAAGGUUGGAGAUCCCUUUACUGAUGGAGUAGACCAGGGACCUCAAGUGGACAAGGAAAUGUUUGACAAGGUGACUGGACUUAUUGAAUCAGGGAAGAAAGAGGGAGCUCGCGUUGUAGCUGGUGGUGAGCGGGUUGGAAAUGUUGGCUACUUUGUUCAACCUACAGUGUUUGCCGAUGUUCAGGACAACAUGAGGAUUGCUCGUGAAGAAAUUUUUGGUCCAGUUCAACAGAUUCUGAAAUUCAGCUCCAUGGAAGAAGUUAUUUCUCGUGCCAAUAAUACAGCAUAUGGUCUUGCAGCUGGAAUAAUAACUAAAGACAUUAAUAAAGCUCUUACUUUUGCUGAAUCUGUUCUUGCUGGAUCAGUGUGGGUUAACUGCUAUGACUAUGUAGUUCCACAAGCACCUUUUGGAGGUUUCAAGCAAUCUGGAUUUGGACGAGAACUGGGAGAAGAUGCUUUGAAGGAGUACCUGGAAACUAAAACUAUCACUAUUCAACUGCCAUCUGCAUAAGACAAUAAGUAGGAGGACACAUUUCAUACGUACAUUUAUGUUUCUAUUGUGUUUUGUACAUCAACUUACUAAUCAAAUAAUUUUACUGUCCUUUUAGCAUUUUAAAGUUUCUUGUUUGAGUGUAUAUAUAUAUAUAGUUUAGUAAAAAAACUGUUAUGAAGUAACUAUACAAA